AUGCUCAAAACAAACGAAGUGUAUCUUAUUCCCGAAAUUUCUUGCGUCAUUGUUCUUACAGAACCUGAUAAAUUUCACAAGAUUAAAGUAUCAACUGCUCAAGAGAUAAUUGAUCGAAGUAUCAAACGAAAAUAUAAACGUCCUUUAAAAAAUUCGUAUAUGAUUUUUAUGAUUGAUUGUAGCGAAGCAUUCAAAGUUAAAAAAAAAAGAAGGAAAGAAAGUCGUGAAAAUUAUUUUUCAUCACUUUGGAAAAUCGCCUCGGAAAAAGUUAAAGAUGAAUAUACAAAAAUUUUUGAGGAUUAUAAGAGACUAAGACCAAAUGUUAUUGCAUUUCGACAAGCUGAUGAAGGUUCAUCAAAUCAACCAUCUGAUAAUACAAAUAACCUUGAUGAAGAAUAUAAACGUUUGUUCGAUGAAUUUAUCGAUAUACCCAUCACCGAACGGAAAAUGUGA